AGCCAAAGCCGGAAGUCGUCACCGCUGGCAGGACAGCGUUCCCGCGAAGAUUUAGACCUCUCAACGCCUGAAUCAGCGGUUUAUUGUCGUUUGAUCACCAUGAGUAAGAGGAAGGUGAAAGAUGCUCAUCUGCCAGUAGGAGAAUGCAUCACACAGGUUCAGGACAUUUUAAGGGAGCGGUUUUGCCGUCAGCAGCUCCCUGACAGGCUGGAGGGAGUGGAAGCUCAACACAAGCAUCUCCUGGAGCUCCUGAAGCGGACAGCGGUCCACGGGGAGAGUAACUCGGUGCUAAUCGUCGGUCCCAGAGGAGCAGGAAAAACAAUGCUGCUGAAGUGUGUGCUGAGAGACCUGUUGGAGGAGAAAGAAGCACAGAAGAACCUGCUGCAGGUUCAUCUCAACGGUCUCCUGCAGACUGACGACAGAAUAGCGCUAAAAGAAAUAACGCGGCAGCUCCACCUGGAAAACGUCGUCGGCGACAAAGUGUUUGGAAGUUUUGCGGAGAAUCUGGCGUUCUUGCUGGAAGCGUUGAAGAAAGGCGAUCGCAGCAGCAGCCGGCCCGUGUUGUUCGUCCUGGAUGAAUUCGACCUGUUCGCCCACCACAAGAACCAGACGCUGCUCUACAACCUGUUCGACGUCUCCCAGUCCGCCCAGGCUCCCAUCGCUGUGAUCGGUCUCACCUGCAGACUGGAUGUUCUGGAGCUUCUGGAGAAGCGGGUGAAGUCGAGGUUCUCUCAUCGUCAGAUCCACCUGCUGAGCAACCCGACGUUCCCUCAGUACCUGGAGCGGGUCCGGACCCAGCUCAGCCUGCCGGACCACUUCCCCGACCACAAGUUCUGUCAGGACUGGAACGACAGCGUGGAGACUCUGUGUGAAGAUAAAUCCGUGCAGGACGUUUUACAGAAACACUUCAACUCCAGUAAAGACUUCCGGUCGCUGCACAUGCUGCUGAUGUUGUGUCUGAGUCGAGUGUCCAUCUCCAAACCGGCCAUCAGACCUGCAGACCUGCUGGAGGCCAGCAGACUCUGUUUCACCGACUCCAAGGCCAACAUGCUGCACGGUUUGUCCAUCCUGGAGCUGUGUCUGAUCAUCGCCAUGAAGCACCUCAACGACGUGUACGAGGGAGAGCCGUUCAACCUGCAGAUGGUUCACAACGAGUUUAAGAAGUUCCUGCAGAGGAAGUCGAACUCCAUGUACAACUUUGAGCAGCCGGUCAUCAUGAAGGCCUUCGAGCACCUGCAGCAGCUGGAGCUGAUCCGACCGGUCGACAGCUCCGCAGCCAAAACCCAGAGAGAGUACCAGCUGAUGAGACUGAUGCUGGACCACAGUCAGAUCAUGGAGGCCCUGCAGAAAUACCCACAAUGCCCCACUGACGUCAAGCAGUGGGCCAUGUCGGCGUUUGGAUAGGACUCCAUGUACAGCUGGACCUCAUGUAGACAUUCUGUUCACAAGAAAAUCACCACAGAGGAAAGUUCUGAGGAACAAAGACGGUUUGAAAUGCAAAUCAAGGACCAACAUUUAAAAUGUGACCAGAACCAGCGAGCAAACAUGGCCGCCGCUCUGCAUCAUGUUACAUGUGUUUGGAGAAUUAAGUUUAAAAUUUAUGAAAUAAAAUAUGGUGAGUUUUGUUUUG